UGCUAACCGACUGACUAUUAGAUUUGUAUGGGAAAGCGCAGACACGGAGGUACACAAGGUGCUUAUUGCGAAUAAGUCAAAUUCUUCGGCCUAAAAUGAGCCAUAAAAUAGAAGGGAUAAAAGGUAAAACGCCGAAUGAUUAAAUACUGUGUUCCGUAACCUCCGUACAUUUAUAUGUGGCAUUGGUAGUAAGUAAGCGCUCCUCGGGUUGCCGUGGCCGCAAAUUUCUCAGGCCGCAAAUUUCUCAGGCCGCAAAUUGUUUUUUUGUUGCUGGGGAGGAGACCGUUCGUUCACCUCGCUGCUGUUAUGUGCUGCUUGGGCUUUGCUCGAGCAAUUGCAUAAGAACGUCCUAAUGUUGAAUCCAUUAUCCUGUCGGAUCUAAAGGGUGGAUUGAGGACACAUCGCGGCUUUGAAGGAUGGAUAUGGAAUUGUGUGCUGGCGGGCACAGCACCCGAAGAAAGAUGGAUUCAGCUGGCGAAGGGACAGUGGAGGUUGUACCUCUGGAAUUGUACGACUCUGCCAGAGCAAAAAUAGACGCCAACCUACGGUGGCUGUUCGCCAAAGCCUAUGGCAUUGACCACAUCCCAGAGGACCUGCGGGACCCAUUCUACACAGACCAGUAUGAGCAAGAGCACAUCAAGCCCCCCGUCCUCCACCUACUGCUGUCCUGUGAGCUCUACUGCCGUGUGUGUGCCCUCAUCCUAAAGACGGACCAGGCCGCCUCGCUGCAGUCACACCUGUCAGUUAUACAGGCCCUGAGCCGUAAAGGGAUCUAUGUCAUGGAGAGUGAUGACACACCUGUCACAGAGGCCGACCUCGCCUGUGUGCCCAUCAAAAUGAGUGCCCACAUGCCGAUGGUUGAUGCCCUGAUGAUGGCCUACACGGUGGAGAUGAUCAGCAUAGAGAAGGUGGUGGCCUGUGUUAAACGCUUCUCCACCUUCAGCGCCUCCAAGGAGCUGCCCUUUGACCUGGAGGACGCCAUGGUAUUCUGGAUCAACAAGGUGAACCUGAAGAUGAGGGAGAUCACAGAGAGAGAGCUUAAAGUCAAGCAUCACCCGCUGGAGUCUCCCAAUCACCAGAAGUCUCCCUCCAAAUGGUAUUGGAAACUAGUACCUGUGCGGUACCGCAGGGAGCACACGUCAGGGCGCCAGUUGCCCUUCUUCCCCCUACUGGAGGACCUGAUGAGGGAUGUGUGUGAUGGAGCCGCACUCCUCACCGUGGUCCACUACUACUGCCCCAACCUCAUGAAGCUUGACGAUAUAUGCCUGAAGGAGGUGACCUCCAUAGCUGACAGUCUGUAUAACAUCCAGCUGCUCAAGGAGUUUGCCAACGAGUAUCUCAACAAGAGCUUUUACCUAACGAUAGAAGAUAUGCUCUACUCUCCACUGGUGCUCAAGCACAAUGUGAUGGUGUUCAUUGCGGAGUUCUUCUGGUGGUUUGAGACGGUCAAGCCAGAGUUUGUCCAACCCAGGACUGAGGAGUUCAAAGAUGCCCGAGCCAUGGCUCAGCCGAAGAGUGCCCGCCCCUCAGUGCCCAUCUCCAACGCCACCAAGCGUAGCUUCCAGGUGACCCCUGGCAUCACCGAGGCCUCUCUGUCCGUCUCUGCCCAGAGCAGCCCUGAUGUCUCCAACAGGUACUUCCUGCACCCUGCUGAAGACUCUGACCCUCUUACUAAAGGAGGUCCUGCUGCAGCCUUCAGCACCUCCCACCCACUCCUCCCUCUGAGGCAGAGACAACAGAAGCAGCAACAGGGAGAGGAUGGAUCAGGAAUUAGAAACCGCUCCAACUCCUUGGAGAACAGACAGCCACGAGGCUCAGUGCAGGCCUGGCCUGACAAGAGACAGAGGCCAAUGUCAACUCUCAACCCGUACACAUUUGGUAUCUCAGCCACCGACAGCGACGCUGAUAUAGCCUCUGGGGACAGUGUGAGUCUGGCCCGCUCCAUCAGUAAAGACAGCCUGGCCUCUAACGUAGCCAACCUCACCCCCAAACACCAGGUUCUCACCCCCCAGGGCCACACCCUGAUCGGACCCGCCCAGGUAGGCCGUGCCCCAGUCAGCCCUGCACCCCGCCGAGUCAACGGCCACGGCCUGCUGGGAAACGUCAACAUGGAGGAGGAGCAGCUUGUGUCGGUGAUGAGGACUGAUGCGUCAACAGCUCUCCCCAGUCAGGAAGAGGCGAUGCAGCCACCUGCUGGGGCCAGGCCCAAGGACAGCUUUUACUUAGAACCACUGAUGCCUGCUGUGUUGAAAUCGGCAAAAGAGAAGUCUGUAUGCCUGAAUAAGGAGGAGGAGAGUGGAGAGGUGGGUCGAUCGUGGGGAGCGGGGUCUAUCCGGAGAGUAGAGGGGGUGCCUGGACUCGUGGCGUCGGCCAGGAGGAAAAUCCCCACCAGCCUAAAUCGGACAUCUACUCCCACUUCUAGUGGGGAGUUUGCCGUGUCUGCUGAAGCUUCAGUGGCUGGGCCACCCCAGGGACAAGGAGCAUGCAAAAACCUGGUCUCCAGUAGUGUGGACCCCUCCUCCAGAGAGCCACCUGGGGGCUUCUACCUCCACUCUGACAGUGACAACCAGAAUCCUGGUCAGGACCUGGAGCCAGACCUGGAAGAGGCUGAUGAGGAGGACCUGGAUGAAGCUCUCACCACCAAGGACCCAACCAGGCCUAGGAAGGCCUUCAACGAGGAGGAAGAGUCAGCCAAGCUGCACGAGGACCUGAAGGAGAAAGAGGACAAGGAUAAAGGGGAUGAUGGUGGUAGUGGACGCUCCAGCCCCUGUCUCAGCACCCACUCCCAGGCCAGCAGCCUGGCCAGCGGCAGCGUACGCAUGACCAGCUUCGCUGAACGAAAGGCACAGCAGCGCUUUGGCAGCAACCAUGACCUGCGACCCAGCACAUCCAGCUCCCAAAGGACCACUCCAGAUGGCUCCGAGUGCAGCGGGCCCCUCUCUCUGCCCACCUCCUGGAGGCUGAAGAGGGACCAGAGCCCCUCCUCGCCUCAGGGGGGGCGGGGGGAGGGUGGCACCAACUUGCUGGCUUCUGAGCUGGUCCAGCUCCACAUGCAGCUGGAGGAGAAGAGGAAGGCCAUCGAGCACCAGAAGAAGAAGAUGGAGGUGCUGUCAGCCAGACAUAGGCAGAAGCUGGGCAAGGCUGCCUUUCUGCACAUCGUCAAGAAGGGCAAGAGCGACACCCUGCCCCACCCGCUCAAACCAGACUACUACUCCAAAGAGGAGCUCAACGGGGACAAAGGGGGGAGCUCGAAAGAUGACUCGUGCCUGGACGCACUGAGAGGGGCCAAAGAGACAGAGUCUGCCACCUCGCCAGUCCCAGAUGCCUUAGAGACGGUGGAAAGGAAGUGCAGCGGUAGCCCCGGUCUGCUGCUGGACGAAGAACUGGACCUGAACGAAUGUAACCGCUCCAUUGAGAUGCUGAAUGACGCCAUCGGCAGCAUCCAGCAGCAGAUGAUGCAGCUGUCCCUCCAGCAGGACCUACUGAUGAAACAGAAUGUACAGUCCCCUCCCGGCCCACCUCCUCCCAACGACAAGACCAGCGGCUCUGAACCAAAGGCCCAAUCUGCCAUCCACUUUGUGGAGAUGGGCAGCGGUGCACCAACCACAGGUACCGCACCAACCAGGAAACCCCCCAAGCUGACCUCGGCCAGAGGCCCAAGGUCCAAGCCGUCUGAGCUGAAGCUGGUCAAGGAGCACGGGCGGCAGGGCCUUACCUCCAGCAGGGCAAUCACCCCCACCCACAGCCUGGAGAACCUGCCCCACUUGAGGCAGUUCCCCGGGGGCAGGUCCCCCAGGGCAGACCCCCCUGACACCAGAACCCCCUCUGUUGGAGGAGAGACAAUCGGUGUGCAGGACAAGCCUGGACGGAGUGCCACCUUUAGGCUCAACGAUGAGGCUAACCUGCGCACAGUGGCCCGUAUCGACCCGGUAAAUGUCACCCCAGAAGUGUCCUUUGAGUGCCUGUCCAGUACCUUGAGGGAGGGGGAGCUGAAUUCCUCGGACAGCUCGGGGAAGGAGAACGUCCCUUUGGAGGAGGUGUCAUGGAGCAAAGCCCCCCUGAUAGAGGUGGACCUGUCAGACCUGAAGGACCCAGAGGAGAUGGAGGGAGGCUGUGGUCAAAACAGCACCAUGGAUGGGGAAGACGGAGAACAGAAGUCUGGCCUGGGAUUCUUCUUCAAGGAUGAACAGAAGGCGGAGGAUGAGCUGGCUAAGAAGAGGGCAGCGUUUCUCGUAAGGCAGCAGAAGAAGGCUGAGGAUGCCCGGUUACGCAAACUACAGCUGGAGGCAGAGACCGAACAGAAGCGGGAAGAGUCCAGGCGGAAGGCGGAGGAGGACCGGAUGAGGAAGGAGGAGGAGAAGGCCCGUAGGGAGCUGAUCAAGGAGCAGUACCUGAGGAGGAAGCAGCAGGAGCUGAUAGAGGAGCAGGGCCUUGGCACCCCAGCCAAGCCCAAGACCCCCAAGACCAAGCCUAAGAAACCCAGUCACCAGACUCACAGACCCAAGUCUGCGUUCAGCAGAGAGGAGUCCUCCAGCGACACCUUCUCUUCCAAGUGCUCUUCUUCUACACCUGACAACCUGAGCAGUGCCCAGUCAGGCUCCAGUCUGUCCCUGGCCUCCGCUGCCACCACUGAGGCGGACAGCGUUAACUCUGGAGGAGCAGGAUCCCAACGUGGUGAGUCUGAGUUUUUCCCAGGCCUGAGUCGGAACGCCAGUCGGAACACUGAGAGAGACUGGGACAACGGCUCUACUGCAUCUUCAAUCAACUCCAUGGCAGAAUACACUGGUCCCAAGCUGUUCAAGGAGCCCAGUUCCAAGUCCAAUAAGCCCAUCAUCUUCAACGCUAUUUCUCACUGCUGCCUGGCUGGCAAGGUCAAUGAGCCCCAAAAGAACACCCUCCUAGAGGAGCUGGAGAAGGUUGAGGCCCACCACCUGAUGAUCCUGUUCAGGGACGGGGGCUGCCAGUUCCGGGGAGUCUACUCCUUCUUCCCAGACACGGAGGAGAUCCUCAAGCUGACUGGCACGGGCCCCAAGAGCAUCAGCAAGAAGAUGAUUGACAAGCUCUACAAGUACAGCUCGGACCGCAAGCAGUUCACCGUCAUCCCCGCCAAGACUGUGUCGGUCAGCAUAGACGCCAUCACCAUCCACAACCACCUGUGGCAGGCCAAGAGAACCACUGUGCCAAAGAAGAGUGGGAAAUAAUCUGUGGAGGCCCUUGGAACUCUGGGGUUCCAUUCCACUCUAUGGUUGUCCUAGGUUCCAUUCCACCCUGCUCUCCUGGAUAAACUGCAUUGAUGUCCACAGCCAAUAAACUCCCUCUAUCAAUCUGAAGGAGAGGCCACAUGUAUGGACAGACACGUGGCCCCUUCAGUUCACACUAAUGUGGGGGGCAUGGAUGGAUGUAUGCAUCUGUGCUGGUGUCCUGCGAGUGGGAUUGUCAUCUGCAUGAACCAAUAUGGAGGGUCCUCUUUGUCUGGAUCUCAAUGUAUUCUGUUCAGGGUGUCCAUCGAUCAAUUCAUUCGGUUCUGUUUUUCUAAAGACUCUUAAGAGAAGCAUGUGGCGUUUUUUCAUGUGGUGGAUUUCUUUUUACUUGAAGUAUUUAUUGGUUUGGCACUGAAUGGUUGAGCUCAGCUGCAGCGUACAUACAGUAGUCCACACAACACUACCCCC